CAAAAAAAAAAAAACAAAACAAAAAAAAUUAAAAAAAAAAAAUGGUUUCCAAAAAGAGAAAAAAUUCUGAUGAAAAUAAGAAGAAGGUAGAAACCACGUUUGAGUCCGAUCCAUAUGAGAUUAAAUUUCCAUUGCCGGAGCAACUCGAUCCCUCCCAAUGCCGCGAUGAAUUCAUCGGCACAUUCAUCCGGGAGCACGAACUUCGGGCCAGUUCCCUGCGGCCCAGAUCAACAUUCCGGGCCGCUUCGGAAUUCAGGUCAUCACAGGAUCUCACGGAUCAGGGGCCCGAAAAGGGGGCAGAGGCUAUGGUGGUGCGGCAGUUGGUGAGUCAGCGCAAAAGAUUAAGUCUGCGGAAGACGAAGGAAGAGAUCUUGGAGAACAUUAAGCUCCGGUGUACCAUGAUGAAUGACCUGAACCUGAAAUGCCAGAAGGCGGCCAUCGAGUUCCUGUCGGUUCGCCUGCUAAAGCAGUUGCGCCUCUUUUCGAGUCCCUGGCCUGGAGACACUGGGGAUAUCCCUUACAACCUGUUUAGCUGGUCGAUGGACGACUUCCUGAUGCGCUUGUCCAUCAAGCAGGUCUAUCUAGACGUCAUCAAUCGGGAGAGAAGUGCGGAGGAUCUGGACUGUCUCAAGUUCUGCAAGGACCUGGGUCAGAUCGAACUUCUUAUACACGAGAUCAGAGAAGACUAUCGCAACGAUAGGGAUCUAUGUCAGGGGAGCAUGGAGUUGUUAAGAAGUGCCCAAUACAACAUUAACGCACCUUGGGUCAGUACUCUUAAAGAAAAUCUUGAGAGCAUUAGAUCCAGUUCGUUAACCGCAAGGCUUUUUGCUCAAAGUAGCGCCUUUAACAUAGAAAUGCGUCACUCAUCGGCAAUGGGAGCCUUCGAAGACGAGUCAGCUCAGGAUCCGAUUGAAAUGCGGUACCAAAUCAACUGGAUUAGAAGCUGUACGGAUCAGCGUCUCUACCGGAUAAACGGAAAGGAGGAGAAGAUGAGAAAGGAGCUAAAUGAUCUGGAGGUACAAGCACUGCAGGAUGAAAAGGUGCGUAAUUCCUCCGAGCUCAUAUACUCGCUAGAGGUGGGAAAGCUUAGGGAAAGCGUCAGAGCGUGGCAGGAGCGGCUUGAUACCGAUUUGGAGAACGCCGACGUCACGUGCACCGUAUCAAGGCUUGCUCUCCAAAAGGUCAAGGACGAUAUUAAGUUCUACAAAGAACAGAAGGACAUGUACCUCCAGCGAAUCGAAGAAGUGCAGGCUUUAAUAGCUCAGGAACAGGGGAUAUUUGGUUCCACCCGAAGCCGAUUGUCCAGGAAGUCGGUUCGAAAUUCCGAGAGAAAGUCCGAGAGAAAGUCAGAGAGGAAGUCCGCGAGGAAGUCCGCGAGGAUUUCCGAAAAUAAGAUAGCACGAAAAUCUGGAAGGCUUUCUGAGAGAAGGUCUGAAAGGAAAUCCCGAAAUUCCAAAAUGCAAUAGAAGACUCUCCGAUUUGGCCUCCUUGAAUUUACCUAUGUGUUUGCAAUUUACCAAAGAUUACAUUAAACAUUUUUUUUUAAGUUAGAACGAC